CGUGAACUGCGCCCGGUUUGAGGCAGCAGCAGCGGCGGGCCGCCGAGCUGUAAAUGGUGAAGUCCUCUCCCUCGACAGCAGCAGAGGGCGGAAUUAGGAGCUCGCAGUACGGAAGACAGACCAAGGCACCAACAAACAGGAAAUUAUAGUGGUGGACCCGGACUGGGAAGAAAAUAAAAACUAUCUCCAACGACUCACUGUUGGCAAAGGAACCUGCAGAACCUGUCUGGGCUUGCCAGAAUCCACCAGCUUAGUUGGAAGAGACCUGCACUGUGCAAUGGCUCUGUUGACCUUGCAUAGGCUCCCAUCCAUCUCCACCGAUCCCGAUGAAAGCCUCCAGAGAAGAGGGAGACUUCAAAAAAGAGAGAGCUUUGCUCUCGUAAAAGGGGCAGUUGUUCUGCUGGAAGAUGGCGAAAUCAACUGUUGCAGCGAGGACACGUCUUCCACAGCAACUUCUCCGGAGAAGAAAGACAUUGGAGCGUCGAACGCACGGCACAGACACCUCCGCGCCAUGUUUGAACAGCUGAGACCAGAAGAUACCAUCAAACUGGCGGUGCAGUUGGAGUCGGUCAGCCUGGUCAGAGUCAGGUAUCUGAUCGUCGUCUCCACGACCAGCAGCAAACAAGAAAGCAUUCUGCUGGGCGUCGAUUUCCCCAACGCAGACAGCAACCAGUGCACCAUUGGCCUGGUUCUGCCAAUAUGGAGCGACACACAAGUGUACCUGGACGGAGACGGUGGUUUUAGCGUGACGUCAGCAGAGGAAACCAGAAUUUUUAAGCCAGUUUCCAUGCAGACCAUGUGGUCCAUCCUCCAGGUGUUGCAUGGCUGCUGCGAGCGGGCGGUCAAAUCAGCUGUGAUCCCAGGCAGUGGGCUGGAGUGGUCCCAGCACUACCACCAGCACAUCGAGUCCGAUCGCCUUUGCCUGAACGAGUGGGAGGCCAUGAAUGACCUGGAGUCGGUCCGCAGGGACAGUAAUGGACAGAACUCCGCAGAUAGAGUUUCCAAUGAAAGACUCAUCAAAGAGCAUCUGAGGGACAUCAUGAGGACAGAAGACCUGGACAACCUCACGUCUAAAAUGGUGCACUCUGCUCUGGAGACCAGGAUUCGAAUUGAACUGAGACCCUACAAGGAGUACAUAGACAACGAGAUCCUGGUGACGAUGGCUCAGAUGGACAAGCCCUCCAAAAUAUUUGAUUACCUUUACCUGGGUUCGGAGUGGAAUGCAGCUAACUUUGAGGAAUUGCAGAAAAACAACGUCGGCUACAUUCUGAACGUCACAAGGGAAAUUGACAAUUUUUUCCCAGAAUCCUUCACUUACAUGAACGUCAGAGUGUACGAUGUGGAGUCCACCGACCUGCUGCCCCACUGGUCGGACACAUACAACUUUAUCAACACUGCGAGAAAAACCGGUCAGGCCGUGUUGGUGCACUGUAAGAUGGGAGUGUCUCGAUCUGCGUCCACGGUGAUCGCUUACGCCAUGAAGCAGCAGUGCUGGCCUCUGGACGUGGCGCUGGCCUACGUCAGAGACCGCCGGACCAUCAUCAAGCCCAACGAGGGCUUCAUGAAGCAGCUGCAGACCUACAGCGGCAUCCUGAGCGCCAGUCAGCAGCGUCACAGCGCACUCUGGAAGAGAAAGUCAAGAGACCACAGACAAAAGUCAGUGCAAAACGAAGAGGGGGUGUUCGACGGCACGCCACAGAAGAGAGACGAGGGAGAAGAAGAUGAGGGCGUUGACGAAGGCGAGGAUGAUGAUGACGAUGAUGAGAGUCCAGACGAAAAAGAUUCAGGCAGUCCAGAUGAGAAAAACGAUUCUGACGAAGACCACGAUGUGUUUGAAGAAGCGGUGCCCAUGGCUGACAGCAUCCAGCCUCCGAGCCAGACGGGACCAGCAGUCAGCCCCAUCAUCACCAUCAAUGAGCCAGACAAGGUUAUUCCGAGUCUGAAUCGCAGUGGCAGGAUGAACCUCUUCUCCCUCAUGCAGUCCAUUAGUGAACUGGAUGACGAGGACAAAGGGCUCGAACAGAUGCCUGGCAGCCCAAGACGCUCUCCAGGACAACGCAGGCGUAGCCAAGCACGACGGGGUCUUACCCACCAAAAAGCAUGUGUGGACGUUUCACCAGAACCGCGCUGCCUGGCAGACGCCGACACGAGCGAGCACUGAAGUGAACAAAGGGAAGGACAGGAGGGAAAAGGACUACAGAGGAAGUCCUGAAGGUGAAGACACCAGGACGACGC